AUGACCAAACCAAACAAUAUUGGCAUUCUUGCCAUUGACGUCUACUUCCCCAAGACAUACGUUGCCCAAGAGGACCUUGAGAAGUUCGAUGGUGUAUCCGCUGGAAAGUACACUGUUGGACUAGGACAAACCAACAUGGCCUUCUGUGGUGACCGAGAGGACAUCUACUCUCUCUGUCUGAAUGCCGUCAACAAUCUGAUGGUCAAGUACGACGUAGAUCCACACUCUGUUGGCAGACUCGAGGUUGGUACCGAGACCGUUAUCGACAAGGCCAAGUCCAUCAAAACCGUCUUAAUGGAUCUAUUUGCCAGCAGUGGCAACACUUCCAUCGACGGUAUUGACACGAUCAACGCCUGCUACGGAGGUACUUCUGCCCUGCACAAUGCCGUGCAGUGGAUCGAGUCCACCUACUGGGAUGGUCGAAAUGCCAUUGUCGUUGCAGGAGACAUUGCUGUCUACGAGAAGGGUCCCGCACGUCCAACUGGUGGUGCUGGUGUCGUAGCCAUGCUCAUUGGACCAAACGCUCCCAUCACCUUUGACAGUGGUCUAAGAGGAGUGCACAUGGAGAAUGUCUAUGACUUUUACAAGCCAGAUAUGGAGUCUGAGUAUCCAAGAGUUGAUGGAAAGCUGUCAAUCUCCUGCUACCUCCGUGCCAUUGACAACUGCUACUCUCGCUACCGAUCUCAGUUUGAGAAGAAGUUUGGUCAACCAUUUGACCUCUCCAAGGUUGACUAUGCCGUGUUCCACUCUCCAUACAACAAACUUGUUCAAAAGUCCUUUGGUAGAAUGUUGUACAAUGACUUCUUAAAGAAUCCAACCGACGAGAAGUUCAAGACCUUAGAGUCCUACCGACAACUCAAGCCAGAGGACACCUACUUUAACUCUGACCUCGAGAAGGCACUGCUCAGCCUAACCAAAGAGACCUACGCCAACAAGGUUGCUCCAUCCACUGCUUUGGCCAAACAACUUGGCAACACCUACUGUGGUUCCACCUACAGUGGACUUCUUUCUUUGUUCUCAGAGAAGAGGGACGAACUGGUGGGCAAGCGUGUGCUGACCUUUUCCUACGGAUCGGGCCUGUCUGCCUCUGCAUUCUCUUUCAAAGUUGAUAAGUCAAUCGAAGAGAUCGUAGAGAAGGUCGACCUGAAGAACCGUUUGGAGAGUCGCCAACGUGUCACACCGGAGGAGUUCACCGCCAAGCUGUCCCUGCGUGAGCAACGCCACAAUCUAAAGAACUACACGCCCUCUGAUUGUACCUCCACCCUAUUCCCAGGAUCUUUCUUCCUUAAGCAGGUGGACAAUGUUGGUAGACGCCAAUAUGAUCGAACCUACAUGACCAGUAGCAGGUCAAUCUCCAUCACUCGUGUUGUAGCUGCUACAGGCCUCAGAUAUGUGAAGUUGUUGUAA